AGUAGACUGUCAACAUCAAGGAGGAUAUAUCAUCUUUUUUUUAAAACUCAUAAUAUUAUGUUGUGUGUUUACAUAUAAAAAAAGUUUAAAUUGCAUAAAGUGUGUGAUUAAAGAUUUUAUACCUGACGUUUUAGGUUUAAGGCCUAGGAGCUCCGACCAAGGGUUUCGUAGACGUAUAUCAUUUUUUUUAGUGAGGAACCACCCAGAAUUGAAACUAAAAUGGACAAUUAUAUCCAGACAACCAAGAUAAAAAUAGAGGACGAAAAUAAACAGUCUAUAGAGCAGUUUACCAAAGACUCUGAGAAAACAACCGAUGGAGAUGCGUCUAAUGACAUAAGUACGUGCAACAAAACCACAGUUAAGGUCGAAGUGGACAUUUUGGGUGGUAAUCGUUUUGAGUCUGUAUUUGAAUAUGAAGAAAAUGAUCUUUCUGGUACGCCAACGACAAAUGACGAUUUGGACGAAAUAUGUACAUUUGUCUGUGACAUAUGUAAAAUGUCAUUCGCUAGCAAAAAGAAAGUAACACGACACAUUACUCAGACCCAUGGUGAUCACUCGACAACCUGGAACAGCAUUAGAAAACAAGAUGUCAAUAAUAAACUCAGUGACAUAAGUACGUGCAACAAAACCACAGUGAAAGUUGAAGUGGACAUCUUGAGUGGACAUCGUUUUGAAUCUGUAAUUGAAAUUGAAGAAAAUGAUCUUUCUGGUACGCCAACGAUAAAUGACGAUUUGGACGAAAUAUGUACAUUUGUCUGUGACAUAUGUAAAAUGUCAUUCGCUACCAAAAAGAAAGUGACACGACACAUUACUCUGGCGCAUAGUGAUCACUCGACAUCCCGGAAUAGCAUUAGAAAACAAGUUAUCAAAACCAAAUCCAGUGUUAAUGGUACAAGUAAUGAAGCGAAUAAAAAAAUAGAAGGUUCUUCUACAAAAUCCAGCCUCAGAAAACAUCAACGAGCACACAAUGGUGAAAAGUUCUACAAUUGUGUAGUUUGCUUAAAGUCAUUUUCUAAUAAAUCGAGUUUCGCAACACAUGAACGGGUACACACUGGUGAAAAGCCCUACAAUUGUGCAGUGUGCUUAAAGUCAUUUAUUCGAAAAGAGCACCUCACAACACAUCAACGCAUACACACUGGUGAGAAGCCCUACAAUUGUGCAGUGUGCUUAAAGUCAUUUACUCGAAAAUCGUACCUCACAAUACAUCAACGCGUGCACACUGGUGAAAAGUCCUACAAAUGUGAUGUAUGCCUAAAGUCAUUUUCUGAUAAAUCGAACCUCACAAGUCAUGAACGCGUUCACACUGGUGAGAAGCUCUACAAAUGUGAUGUAUGCCUAAAGUCAUUUUCUGAUAAAUCGAGACUCACAAGUCAUAAACGCGUGCACACUGGUGAAAAGCCCUACAAUUGUGCAGUUUGCUUGAAGUCAUUUGCUCAAAAAUGUGAUCUGACAAAACAUGAACGCGUGCAUACAGGUGAAAAGCACUACAAUUGUGCAGUGUGCUUAAAGUCAUUUAUUCGAAAAGAGCACCUCACAACACAUCAACGCAUACACACUGGUGAAAAGCCCUACAAUUGUGAUGUAUGCCUAAAGUCAUUUUCUGAUAAAUCGAGCCUCACAAAACAUGAACGCGUGCACACUGGUGAAAAGCCCUACAAUUGUGCAGUUUGCUUGAAGUCAUUCGCUCAAAAAUGUGAUCUGACAAUACAUGAACGCGUGCAUACAGGUGAAAAGCCCUACGAAUGUGAUGUAUGCCUAAAGUCAUUUUCUGAUAAAUCGAGCCUCACAAAACAUGAACGCGUGCACACUGGUGAAAAGCCCUACAAUUGUGCAGUUUGCUUGAAGUCAUUCGCUCAAAAAUGUGAUCUGACAAAACAUGAACGCGUGCAUACAGGUGAAAAGCACUACAAAUGUGCAGUGUGCUUAAAGUCAUUUAUUCGAAAAGAGCACCUCACAACACAUCAACGCAUGCACACUGGUGAAAAGCCCUACAAUUGUGAUGUAUGCCUAAAGUCAUUUUCUGAUAAAUCGAGCCUCACAAAACAUGAACGCGUGCACACUGGUGAAAAGCCCUACAAUUGUGCAGUUUGCUUGAAGUCAUUUGCUCAAAAAUGUGAUCUGACAAUACAUGAACGCGUGCAUACAGGUGAAAAGCCCUACGAAUGUGAUGUAUGCCUAAAGUCAUUUUCUCGAAAGGACAAUCUAUCUGUUCACAAACGGGUCCACACUGAAGAAAAGCCCUACAAGUGUGCAGUUUGUUUAAAGUCAUUUUCUAAUAGAUCGAGCCUAAUAAAACAUGAACGCGUGCACAACGGUAUAAAGCCCUUUCAUUGUGACGUAUGUUUAAAGUCAUUUACUCGAAAAUGUAAUCUGACAAGACAUGAACGCGUGCAUACUGGUGAAAAGCCCUACAAAUGUGAUGUAUGCCUAAAGUCAUUUUCUCGAAAGGACAAACUCACAGCUCACAAACUUGUCCACACUGGUAAAAAGCCCAAAAAUGAGAUGUAUGCCUAAAGUCAUUUUCUCGAAAAUUGAGCCUCACACAACACAAACGCGUGCAUGCUGUCGAAAGUAACAAUAUCUAUGAUUUAAUUAUAUUUGUAAAAAAUUAUUUGUGGUAUUAUAUUCUGUAAACUCUUACAGAAUUUUUUUUUAUAAGACCUACAUAAAAUGUAUUUUUAUAUGUUAUUAAGUAAUUAGUUAAGUAAUGAAUAUAAGUAUUUUUUAAUCAUUGUAUUUGUAUGUCGGGUGGUAAUUUAAAUUAUUAAUUAAUUUUUCUUGAUAUAUUCUAUAUUAUAACUGAAAUUCAGAAUACUUGCAUUUUGUUUUUUGCUUUUUUUCUAAACGAACAGUAAUUGAGUAAAACACAUUGAGAAAGGUUACGCGCUAUUUUACGAAGCCCUACAAAUGUGAUGUAUGCCUAAAGUUAUUUUCUGCUAAAUCGACCCUCACAAUACAUGAACGCGUUCACACUGGUGAAAAGCCUUACAAAUGAGAUGUUCUGCUCAAGAUCUUUUUCUCAACACUUGAACUUCACAACACACAAACGCGUGCAUGCUGGCGAAAAUCACUUCAAGUGACAUUAUUAAUGUUUCAAUUAUAUUCGUCAACAUUUAAUUAGGGUAUUAUAUUGUUUUAUAUACUUUUAAUUUUUUUUCUAAGUUUAAAUACUAAAAACCUAUUUAAGUAUAACUUAAAUAAAAAUGUAUUUUUAAAUACUACAUUCGAAAAUAGUUCUAAAACACACUUAAAUAUAUUAUAUCAGUAUUCUGUACAACUUUGUUAGUAGUAAUACAUCAAGUUAUUAAGUUAUUAGGUAGGUAUACCUGUUAUUGAAAAUUCUUGACAGAUCUGCAUCUAACUUUAAACAAAUUUACUAGGUAUUGUAAAAUCAAUACCUUUUUUGUUUCUUUUUCAAGCUACAACUAGCUAACAUAUAUUAAAUAUAAAAAGAAAUCACAAAGUUUAAUAAUAAUAAAAAUAAGAAUAAUAAUUUCAUUGAUUUUUAAAAUGGAUUGUUUUUGUUAUAUGGGAUGUUAUUCGAUUUUUAGGCUGACUUGAUGUGUAAUAAUGGACCCAAAAUCUAAAAUAGCUUUGAAAUACUAAAUGAGUUAGUUGCAUUAAAUGGUUAUUAAUUGGGUCUUGAUUUAAAAUGUGGUUUUUUAGUGAUAGGAAAAUAUUGUUUAAAUUAAUUUGGGAGGGGUGGCUUUUUUAAUUAAAAUAUUGGGUAUUGAUGAAAGUUGGUUUUUAUAAAUUUUAUAAACACUCACCAACUUUACAUAAAUAUACAUAUGUUACGUCUAUUUUACAUUACUAAUAAUAAUGUAUCAAUAGAUAUAACAUUAUUAACAGUGGUGUAGAUUUAAGAAGACGGACCCCGCGGUUUUGUGUAAUAAAUAGGUUUCACCCCGUGUUAUUAUAAUCAAAGUUAUACACACUGAUGAAAAGCCUUAAAAUAAGAUGUUCCAGAUCUUUUUCUCAACACUCGAACUUCACAACACACAAACGCGUGCAUGCUGGCGAAAAUCACUAAAGGUGACAAUAUCUAAGACUCAAUUAUAUUCGUAAAAUUCAAUUGGGUUAUUAUAUUCUAUAAACAAUUACAAUUUUUUUUAUAAGGCCUAUAUAAAAUGUAUUUUUAUAUGUUAUAAAUUAACUAAAUAAGUAAUGCGUAUUAUUAUUUGUAAUGAUUUUAUUUGUAUGUCAGGUGGUGACUUAAAUAAUUAAUUAUGUUUGCUUGACAUAUUCUAUAUUGUAAUUAAAAUUUAGAAUACUUGCAUUUUAUUACGUUGUUACAUGUUUUUUAAAAGAACAGUAUUUGUAUAAAAUACCAAAAGGUGUCGCGCUAAUACACGUUAUCCAACUAUUUUCCAUCUCAUUAUUUUUUGUUCACUUAUUUCCAGUUAGGUAUUUAGCUGAAAGGCUAUUGGUUUUAUAAAGUUGUGAGCAUUUUUUUUUGUGUACACUAGCUUUUAUAAUACUGGACUAAUUCCUUUAAUUAGUAACUUUACAAAGCAUAAAUUUUAUCUAAUUUUUACUUUGGGUGAAUUAAAGUUAGAAAAAUCUACUUCUUCACCCUUAAAAUUUGUAAAAAAAAAAAAACAAAUAUAAAAACACGGCUAAGAUCUUUAAUAUCGCAUAAUAUAGCCUCUAUUUUUGUACAAAACAUGUGUUUCUAUUUCCAAUAGAAUGCUUCUAAGAGCAAACCAAUUUAAAAUUUGAUAAAAAGAAUUUGUU